GCCUUUCUACUAUCAAUCCACAGUAUGAUUUAUUCUGCAUCAGUCUUCUAGACAAGUACCAAUAAUAUACAGCAACCAAUGUUUCUAAUGAACUUACUGUUAUAGAGAACAAUAUUUUUACUCUGCUAAGAUGGAGUUGGCCAAUGGGACUGCAGUCCAGGAAUUCAUUUUGCUGGGAUUUGGAAUCGAUCAGCAGAAACGCUUCUUGCUGCUUUGUUUCUUGAUUAUCCUUUAUGUUUUAACAUUGAUUGAAAACAGCACCAUUAUAACCCUGGUUUGUCGAGAUAACCAUCUGGGUCAGGUUCCCAUGUACAUCCUGUUGAGCAACUUUUCCUGGCUGGAGAUGUGCUAUGUGACCACCACAAUUCCCUGCAUGCUUUUUGACCUUGCGACCCAUAACCAGGUUAUCUCUUUCCAUGCUUGCUUCCUCCAGUUCUACCUCUUGUUCUCUCUUGGCACCACUGAAUUCUUCUUCCUCUCAGCCAUGGCUUUAGAUCGAUACUUAGCCAUCUGUCACCCACUGCACUACCAGACCAUCAUGUCCCCACAUUCUUGUUAUAUUCUGGUAACCACUUGUUGGAUUCUUGGUUUCCUGGGCUACAUCACGCCUGUUGUUUUCCUCUCUAAGUUAUCCUUCUGUGGAUCUAACAUUAUUGAUCAUUUUGUCUGUGACCUCAUUCCCCUUCUGUCUUUGGCUUGUCCGCCACUUGGAAAAGCUCCUUUGAUUUGCCAAAUUAUUGUGAACAUUCUAUUUUUAAGCAAUGUUACAUUUGUUAUUCUAUCCUAUGGCAUGGUGAUUUACACUUUGAUGAAAUCCUCCAGUAAAGGGAAUUCUAGGAAGGGCUUCAAUACUAUAUCUAUGCAUCUUUUGGUAGUGACCCUUUUCUACAGCACAGUAGGAGCCAUGUAUCUAAUUCCAGUUGGAGAAAGCCAUUUAAAGGUUAAUAAGACAAUAACACUCUUCUAUGCUGCCAUUAUACCUUUUCUUAACCCCUUGAUCUACUGUCUGAGGAACGAUCAAGUGAAGGAGGCACUGCACAAAUUUUUGGUAGAAGUAUCAGGUUUGAUAAUGUCAACAAUCACAGUGUAAAAAAGAUCAAUAUCUCUGGGUGGUACAAAAUCCAAGUUACGUUUACUUUUCUACAUACAUGAGAGAAGAUGUAGCCCUGAAUUCAUACAAUUUCCCUCCUUAUUUCUCCUCAACUCUGUCUCACACAAAAAUCAAUGCAAAAUCCUAGAUUUCUCUUGAUCAGUUGGUUCCAAAGAAAUGACUUACUAUUUGGCUAAUGGAUGGCUCUAAAGAUUGACUUUAAACAAUUUACUCCACUUUAAUAUACAACUCAUCUUGAAAUAAUCCAGUAUUUUAUUUGGGAAGAAAAAAAGAAUUUAGACCAAAACUUAUUUUACAGCAUGAAUUAAAAGGGGAACCUCUAGAUUAAAUUAUUUCUCUACAAUGAAAUUAAUGUUUGCCAAUAUUAUUGUCUAAAUCAGUAGU